AUGCUUUUACACGACCGGAUUAUACCAUAUCUGGAAACCGCUGGUUUGUAUCACUUCGCUAGGUUGAACAAUCAGUGGUUCUGGGUUGAUGAGCCCCUACUUAGCGCAUUCGUUGAGAGGUGGCGUCCUGAAACCCACACCUUUCACAUGCUGUUUGCAGAGUGCAUUAUCACUUUGCAAGACGUGGCGUAUAAGCUCGGUUUGCCCAUCGAUGGAGAGGCCCUUAGUAGGUGCCUGACUGACUUUGAGAAUCUGAUGGAGAACGGAAGACCCGCAUGGGUGUGGUUUCGGAAGUUGUUUGGUGAGUUACCGCCGCAGAAUAAAGUCAAGCAGAUGACGGUGUGCUACACUUGGUUCCAUGAGAGGAUCCGGGUUCUCCCAGCAGACGCGAGUGAAGAAACGGUGCGUAUAUACGCGCGUGCUUAUAUUCUGAUGUUACUGUCAUCUCAGCUGUUUGUGGACAAGAACGCAAACCGGUUUCACCUUCGCUGGUUGCCUUAUUUGGCAUCGCUGGACGAUUUGGAUAGAUAUAGCUGGGGCUCGGCUGCACUAGCCUGGUUGUAUAGAUGUUUUUGUCAUGGGACAAACAGAAACGUUGUUAACUUGGCCGGGUCACUACAGCUUCUACAGUCUUGGAUUUUUUGGAGGUUUUCCAGUUUGAGACCUAGUCGUUUUGAUGUGUACGGGUUUCUGCUUGCAUCCAGGUGGGCUACAUAUCUACCAAAAAAUGAUGCAGGGGAUCAAAGAGUCGUGUUUGCACGCCUGUCUUUGGAUAGAUUGCGUAUCCACAAUCGCAUGUGUGAUCCUUAA